AUGGGAUCCUCUUCUAUCUCCCAGUCCAGUUCAUUACUAGCCCGGAAGCGUGCUCUGGCCGAAGCUGCCCGUAUAAAGUUGAAAUUCGCAGAGACCGAGGCUUUAAUUAAUAAACAACAAGCUAUCAUCGAGGAAACCCGCAAGUUAAAUAUAGCCAAGGCAGAGCGGCAAAACAGUGAACUAGAGGCUGAUUUAAAGCUACUCAGUCGACAAAGUGAAGCAGCCGCAGCCGCUGCAGAAGUGGAGGCCUUAGAGUAUGUGGAUGUAAGAAACAGUGUUCUUGACAUUCCAGUGUGUGAUAAGAAGAAACUUGUAAAACAGUAUGUAGAAAAACAUUCAUCACAUUCAAGUGUACACGUGAAAGAAGAACGACAUUCUAACGUUCAAGAUUGUAACGAGAUAUCAUCACUGUGUUCAGAUACCCCCAGAGAUAGUCGAAAGUUUGUACCGAUUUCCACACUUGCACCUGCUGUACCUGAACCCUGUGCAGAUUUGGAUAGUGUUUCACGGAACUCUGUGCCAGCUGGGACGCCAUUGAAUCCUCAGGCAAAGGCAUUUUUUGCCAAGGCUCAUACAAGCACGCCUGCUACCAGUGAUCUGAAAGACAACAUAAUGGCAAACGAACUUACCCGUUUCCUCAUGAAGAAAGAUUUACUUCUAUCUCGUUUUACGUCCUCCUUCACCCAUAUAGCGCAAGAUCUGGGCGUAAACCCUAGAGAGGAAUUGGAUCUUUUAUUGAAAUGGCUCGGGCCAGAAUCGUCCAAGCAUGCGCAUAGCAUAAGGAUCGCAUAUGCAAGUGACCCAGCCAAGGCAGUACAGAAAGUGUGGGAAAGACUAGAUGACAGAUAUGGUGGCCCUGAACUUAUUGAGUGUGCCCUAAAACAAAAACUUACUAACUUUCCAAAAGUGACAAAUAAGGACACUGAUAAACUGUAUGCCCUGUCCGACCUGCUGUCCGAGAUUGCAUCAAUUAAAGAAAACCCUACCUAUGCUUCCUUGCUUGCAUAUUUUGAUUCAUCGUCUGGAGUCAACCAAGUUGUAGCAAAGCUACCAUACAACUUGCAGAUGAAGUGGAUGGACAGAGCUUCAAAAUAUAAGACUUCACAGAAAGUUUCCUUUCCACCGUUUACGUUCUUUGUGAAUUAUGUAAAGGAGAUGACCAAAAUGAUGAACGAUCCGAGCUUUCAGGAAACUCUUCAGCCUACACCAAAGAGGGAAGAAACGUUUCGCACCACCCCACUUAGACAACCUAUAAGAGUUAAGAAAACAGAUAGAGAACAAAAUGUGAUGACUGGCAGUGAGGAUCAUCCAUCAGCUUUACAUGUGACAAGCAAAUCCAGCCGAGAAAAACAGCAAGAGGAGAAUGAAUCAUCACUCCUAGCUUCUCCACAGCACGGCGGGGAGGAAAACAAUUCUCGUGGGACUCAACGAUCUUGUGCAAAGGUACUGUUGGUAAGGGUGUACUCUUCCAGUCACCCUGACAAGUCUGUGUUGACUUACGCCCUCCUCGACGAUCAGAGUAACAGAUCUCUAGCUACUACUCACCUUCUUGAUCUUCUGGAUGUGAACUCAGAAGAGGUGGAAUAUUCACUUGCGUCAUGUGCUGGUUCCUUUGUGUUUUCGGGACGUGUGGCUGAAGACUGUGUCGUUGAAUCUCUAGAUGGAAGCGUCAAGUUGAACUUGCCGCCACUGAUUGAAUGCAAUAACAUUCCUGAUGUGAGAGAGGAAAUACCGACACCGGAAAUUGCACGUCAUUACACUCAUUUGAUGGACAUUCAGGAAUUUAUUCCUCCGCUCUCAGAAGCACGCACUCUCUUGCUGAUUGGACGCGACUUGCCUGGCGCUCAUCAUGUUCUUGACCAGAGGGUUGGAUCAGGAAACGAGCCAUUUGCCCAAAGGCUAAGAUUGGGAUGGAUCAUUGUGGGUGAAACCUGCCUAGGAAAAGUUCACAGAAAUCGAAUAUCGGUGAAUAAAACAUUUGUUCUUGAUAAUGGACGCCCUACAGUGUUUAGACCAUGUGAAAACAGGAUUCAUGUUUCUGAGAAGUGGGACAACAUAGGUUCGUCAGUAUUCUCGAGGAAUAAAGACGACAACAAGGUCGGCCUAUCCAUUGAAGACAAGCAGUUCAUUCGAGUGAUGGAGAAAAGUUUACACAAGGAUACAGAGGGAAAUUGGGUAGCACCUCUACCGUUUCGUGAAAACCAUCCUCCACUGCCUAAUAACAGACUACAGACACUUAACCGUGCUAAGAACCUCCAUGCUAGUCUGUCCAAGGAUCCUGUGAAACUCCAGCACAUGGUGACAUUUAUGCAACGCGUAUUUGAAAGCAAGCAUGCAGAAGUAGCUCCGCCAUUAACAAGUAAUGAAGAGUGUUGGUACCUACCGAUAUUUGGGGUGUACCACCCCCAGAAACCAGGUUAG